GAAGCUGCUCUUCACAGGGAUGAUGUGGAGUUUAUCAGUGACCUGAUCGCCUGCCUUCUUCAAGGUUGCUAUCAGCGCAGAGACAUCACAUCCCAGACCUUUCACAGCUACCUGGAGGACAUCAUCAACUACCGCUGGGAGCUGGAGGAAGGGAAACCCAACCCCUUGCGGGAGUCCACCUUUCAGGAGCUGCCCCUGCGCACCCGGGUGGAGAUCCUGCACCGCCUCUGUGACUACCGCCUCGACGCAGAUGAUGUCUUCGACCUUCUCAAGGGCUUGGACGCCGACAGCCUCCGCGUGGAGCCGCUGGGCGAGGACAGCAGCGGCGCCCUAUACUGGUACUUCUACGGCACGCGGAUGUACAAGGAGGACCCGGUGCAGGGGAAAACCAACGGAGAGCUGGCUCCAGACAGGGGAUGCGGGGGGCAGACAAACACCCCAAAUGUUCCUGGGAAAACAGGCAAGAGACGAGGGCGACCCCCAAAGCGGAAAAAACUACUGGAAGAAAAUUUGUUGAGGGAGAAGGCAGAAGAGAACUUACUAAUCCGUGAGACUCAGAUAAGAAAUGGGUCCCAAGGGCCUGGCCGUGGGACAUGGUGGCUGCUGUGUCAGACGGAAGAGGAGUGGAGGCAGGUCACAGAGAGCUUCAGAGAGAGGACUUCCCUUAGAGAGCGGCAGCUCUACAAACUCUUGAGUGAAGACUUCCUGCCGGAGAUCUGCAACAUGAUUGCACAGAAGGAGAAGCGUCUGCAGCGGACAGAGUUUUCUCCCAGGUGGAUGUCUGACCAUCAGCCCAUCAAACCAAUCAAGCAGGAGGUAAACCCAAACGUGCUGAGUUCCGUGGAGAAGCAGAGGCGCAGGGAGGAAGAGGAGGAGCGCCAAAUCCUUAUAGCAGUGCAGAAGAGGGAGCAGGAGCAGCUGCUAAAGGAGGAGAGGAAGAGAGAGAUGGAGGAGAAAGUCAAAGCGGUGGAAGAACGAGCCAGAAGGAGGAAACUACGUGAAGAGCGGGCCUGGCUGCUGGCACAGGGGAAGGAGCUUCCCCCUGAGCUUUCCCACUUGGAUCCCAGUUCCCCUACCAGGGAAGAGCGAAGGACCAAGGAUCUCUUUGAACUGGACGAUGAGUUCACAGCCAUGUACAAAGUUCUAGAUGUGGUAAAGGCUCACAAGGACUCUUGGCCCUUCUUGGAGCCCGUCGAUGAAUCCUAUGCUCCCAACUACUACCAGAUCAUUAAGGCCCCCAUGGACAUCUCUAGCAUGGAGAAGAAGUUGAAUGGAGGUCAGUACUGCACCAAGGAAGAAUUUGUGGGCGAUAUGAAGACCAUGUUCAGGAACUGUCUUAAGUACAAUGGUGAAGGCAGUGAAUAUACCAAGAUGGCUUACAACUUAGAGAGGUGUUUUCACCGAGCAAUGAUGAAGCACUUCCCUGGUGAAGAUGGAGACACAGAUGAGGAGUUUUGGAUCAGAGAAGACGGAAGGCGAGAGAAGAGGAGCCGGCGGACCGGUCGCUCCAGCACAGGCAGUGUUUGGACUCGGUCACGAGACCCAGAUGGACCAGGGAAGAGGCAGCAACGCCUGGAAAAUGGAGGAAAACCUCCACCAUAUCGAGCUACUUCCAGGGCUCCUGCUUCUUCCUCCUCCUCUUCUUCCUCCUCCUUCUCAUCAUCCUCUGCAGAGGAUCCAAGUGGCAACAUGAUGCAGCCUUCUCGAGAAGUGGGCCCUUCCAAUGGGCGAGGCUUCCCUCGGUCUCUGCAGUAUGGCGGCAUGCCCAGCCCUGUGCCACAUCCCGGCCAGAUGAGACCAGCCGUGCCAGGAACAUUUGGUCCACUGCGUGGAUCAGAUCCCACAAAACUGUACGGCUCGCCCCGAGUGCCUGAGCCCCACCCUGGUGACCCAGUCCAACAGCACCAGCACUUUGCUAUGCAGCCAACCGUGGGACUGAGUGAGCACCGUGGGCACAGGCUGGCCACCCCGGAGAAGCAGACCUGCGGUGGACCGACUCACGUCACUGGCCUCGGUCCCCAGCCGGGCACCCUGCAGCUGGGGCGCGUGAGCGGCCCCCCGCCCGACUCGGCCCAGUUCCAGCAGGGCUUCCUCCCGCCAAGGCACAAUGGGCCCCCUGUGAGGCCACCAGAGAGCUCAGAGGUCCCCCCGGGACACAUGUAUCGGCCCUACAAGUACCUGAACCGCGCUCAUCCAGCCCUGUGGAACGGCAGUCAUGGCCCUGCUGGCCAUGGCACCAUGGGGCCAGAGGAGAAGGCACCGAUGGGGCCGGGGCCCUCACUCCAGCCCCGUGCCCUGGGUCAUAUGAUGGACCCCCGGGCCAUGAGGCCACCUCUGCCUCCCAGCCAGUGGACUGAGCAAUCAAAUUUCCUACCUCAUGGGGUGCCUCCCUCAGGGUAUAUCAGACCGUCUGGGAAAGCCGCUGGUCAGAGGAUGCCGCAGCCGCCAUCCUCUCUGUUCGGGGGACCACCUCAGGUUCAAAGAGGGUGCCAGGGCGGGGAGUCCAUGAUGGACAGCCCAGAGAUGAUCGCCAUGCAGCAGCUGUCCUCCCGCGUGUGCCCACCGGGUGUGCCUUACCACCCUCGCCAGCCACCCCCACCGCACCUCCCUGGACCCUUUCCCCAGCUGGCUCACGCUGCCUCCACUGCAGGCGUGCAGCCUCCAAAACCCAUCGUGGGGAACGGGAACUCACAGGAUCCGACCGGUCAGACCAUGGAGCCAGAGAGCAACCAAG